AUGGCAUCUGCAUCUGCACAUUCCGGAAAUGCUGCAUCUCAACAAAUGUCUUUAGGCAGCUUGGCCGAUGUAACUGGUGAAUUUAAUGCUGGAUCUUACAAAAUACAUCAUCGUGAUACAAAUGCACUGCUUUCAGUAAAAUUAUCAGCUAAUACUGCAUUUUAUGCUCAACCUGGAUCGAUGGUAGCUAUGAGUCCAGAAAUCACACUCAAAGGGAAAUUUAAGUUUUCAUUCAAAAAAAUGUUCACUGGAGGUGAAAUGUCUCAAUCUACAUUUACGGGUCCUGGUGAAGUUUUGCUUGCACCACCUAUUUGGGGUGAUAUACUACCUAUUCAAUUAGAUGGUAGUACUGAAUGGAAUGUUGGUAAAGGUGGGUUUUUGGCAAUGACCGAUGGUGUAGUAAAAGAUACGAAAUCUCAAGGAUUAGGCAAAGGAUUGUUUUCAGGUGAAGGUUUCUUCAUCAAUAGAAUAUCAGGUGUAGGUAUUUUUUUUGUUACAUCCCUUGGUGCGAUAGUGCAACGAAAUUUGAAAGAAGGAGAACAAUGGAUUGUUGAUAAUGGACAUUUGGUAGCAUGGACCUGUUCAUAUAUAAUUGAAAGAUCCGGUGGUGGUUUUAUCAGUGGAAUGCAUGCAAAGGAAGGUCUUGUUUGUCGAUUUACAGGUCCAGGAACAAUAUUAAUUCAAACUCGAAAUCCUGAAUCUUUGUCAGCAUGGAUUGCAGGCCAAAGACCAGGCUAA